AUGGCCAAACGAAGCCACGAAUCCACAGAGCCGCGGCCGGGGAAAAAAUCGAAAUCUGACAAGUCCUCCGGAUCCAAAGAAAAAAAGGACAAAAAGGCCGCAUCAAACGGGGAGGGUGAUAGCUCCUCUGAGAUCCCGCGCUAUGUGCAGACAUCGGGCCUCACAGAUCUUCCUCAGUCCCAGAUCGAUCAAUUUCUCGCCGACAAGGUGAUCAAGAUCACCGAUCCGUCCACGGAUGCCCCCAAGUUCCGCCCGAUCAUUUCAUUUGACUACCUGCCACCCUGCGACGAUGAUCUCUAUGCCCCUUUGAAGACUUUCCCUACACCAACACCGAUCCAAGCAGCAACCUGGCCUCUUCUAUUUGCCGGUCGGGAUGUGAUUGGUAUUGCAGAGACCGGUAGUGGUAAAACUCUGGGGUUCGGGUUGCCGUGUCUCAAGAGGUUGCUGGAUUCCAAGCGGAGCAAGAAGCCCUAUCAUCCUACCGCAGUAAUCAUCUCACCCACGAGAGAGCUCGCGAUGCAGAUCUAUGACCAGUUGGUCAAAUUUGCCGCCGUCGUAAAGGCUGAGGUGACCUGUAUCUAUGGAGGUGUACGAAAGGAUGAGCAGCGCGAGGCUCUCAAGACGGCCGCGAUUGUGGUUGCGACACCUGGUCGCUUGAAGGAUCUUCAGAAUGAGGAAGCGGUUAAUCUUGGAAAGGUCAAAUACUUGGUUCUUGACGAGGCAGACCGCAUGCUGGAUAAAGGGUUUGAGCAGGAUAUCAAGGACAUCAUUCAGCCCAUGCCUGUUUCCCGAAGACAAACAGUCAUGUUCACCGCCACAUGGCCUCGAUCAGUUCGAGACCUGGCAGCAACUUUCAUGAGUUCGCCAGUGACCGUGACCAUCGGCGGAGAUCCUUCUGCAGACCCUCGAGCGAACACUAGAAUCAAGCAGGAUGUUGAGGUGGUGGACCCCCGGGAUAAGGAAGGGCGGCUCAUUCAGAUCCUCAACCGCUCCCAGAGAGGAUCUCAAACCCCUGAGAAGGUUCUGGUAUUUUGUCUAUACAAAAAAGAGGCGAUGCGCGUGGAAAGGCUCAUUAAGACGAAAGGAUUCAAAGUGGCAGGGAUCCACGGUGAUCUCAAUCAGUCAGAUCGAUUCCGGAACCUUGAUGCCUUCAAAACAGGAGCGGCGACCGUCCUUGUUGCGACAGACGUGGCUGCACGGGGGUUGGAUAUUCCGGCUGUGAAGUUGGUGAUCAAUGUCACUUUCCCGUUGACCGUGGAGGAUUAUGUGCAUCGUAUCGGCCGGACUGGACGAGCUGGCGCUGAGGGCCAUGCUAUUACUCUAUUCACUGAACAAGACAAGGGACUUUCUGGCGGAUUGAUCAACGUUCUCAAAGCUGCCAAACAAGAAGUGCCGGAGGCCUUGCUCAAAUUUGGCACCACAGUCAAGAAGAAGCAGCAUGAUGCAUAUGGUGCCUUCUUUAAAGAUGUUGACUCGGACAAGAAGGCCACGAAGAUCACGUUCGAUGACUGA